UCACUAGAAUAGGUGAAUACAUAGGUGACGGAACCUUUGGGAAAGUUUUUUCAGGUUAUUAUAAUGGUCAACUCGUGGCAUGGAAGACUUGUGAUGCGUAUAAAGAGCAAGAAGCGAUAAAAAUGCUAAAACAUGAGGCUUAUGUUUAUUCCAUUUUGAAAGAAUGUCAAGGUUGUGCUAUUUCACAUUUGUUCCAUCAAGGUUAUAUUUAUGACAGAUAUCUUUUUGUGUUAGUAUUACAAUUAAUUGAGGAUGCCCAUCACGUUGAUCCGGAAAGACUCACUAAAGAGGAUAAAAAAUCAAUAGUAAACCAGCUCAAGUUGAUACAUCAUUGUGGCGUCCUACACAAUGAUAUCUCCAAGCAAAAUAUUUUAUAUGAACUAAAGAGUCGCCGUUAUUUUUUUAUUGAUUUUGGCUUGAGUGAGAUCGUGGACAACGAGUCGGCAAAAUUACGCAAGGAAGAAAGAAGAUUGAAAAGAUUUUUACAACUUUAA